AUGCUUCCUUGGGAGAUAUACGCUCUCUGCAAACAAUCGCAGACCGUGACAUCUGAACUGGCCCGGCAGCCAUCCCAGUGUCCAGCAACGGUCUUCAAGAAGCUUUACGAAAAGCAGUAUCAUGUUUCAAAAUCAAAAGAUGGUUUAACCGGACUCUCAGCGGAAGAGUUCCUCGAGAAGAACGAAUUGCAGAGAGCGCAUGCCUGCGGGAAUUGGGGUUCAUCAGAACCCAGCGAGCUAUUUCUUCAGGUUUACCAUGAUGCGCUCUGUUCCUUAGAAAAGAAUCCUAUGGCUGGAGUUGUUUCUCCUCCUGUAAUGGGCGGCACGGGCGUCGUUCCUCUGACGAUUGUUGCACCCUUGCCUGAUCUUUGCCGCCACCUAGCCAACUGCAUUGUGCGAGCAGAACACGAAAUCUUUUUGGGAACCAACUUUUGGGUCCACUCAGAUGCAGCCACGCUGGUCACAAAUGCAAUUCGAGAAUUGUCGAAAAGAGCUGGACAAGAAGGAAGAAAGGUGAUUAUGAAGAUGGUUUACGAUCGCGGCGAUCCCCGUCAGGUCUUAGAGAAUCGUCUGAGUGUUUCCGAGGACCAAUACACCAGCGAAAAAGUCAAGCUUCCACCUGCUAGUGAAAUUCCUAAUGUCGAUCUUCAGGUGAUCAAUUUCCACCGCCCAGUCUUUGGAACGUUCCAUGCAAAAUUUACAGUGGUCGAUCGAAAGAUAGCCCUGUUACAAAGUAGCAACAUACAAGAUAACGACAACCUUGAGAUGAUGUCUCACAUUGAAGGUCCGAUUGUUGAUGGUUUCUAUGAUGCAGCUCUGCUCUCAUGGGGAAAGCCUCUAAAUCCACCAUUGCCAUUAUUGGACACUCCCGCAGAGUCUCAGCAAAUGUCUUGUUACGAGCUGGAAAACAGAGAGAGCCUCUGCAAGGGUGCAUCUCAAGGCCUCUCGGAUCUGCCUCAGCACACUACAAGUCAAGAACAUUAUGACAUCAGCUACGAGAAUGAAGCUGAGCGAGUGAACAGUAGUAUAAUCCCUCGCGGAGAGGAAACUCCAACCCACGCUGUGACACGUCACUUGAGUAUGUUUUGGAAUACGGCUUGCAUAUUCGAUUUACUAAGGUUUCCGACAGAUACAACAAUCCAGCCGGAUACGCUUGGUGAUUCGCCAAACUCUGAUCAAGAACCCCGAAUGACCCCAUACAUCGUGCUACCUCGCCACAGUCCUGUGCCUAUGGCAUUGGUCAAUCGGGAGCCUUAUGGAGCUCCAAACCACAGUAGCGUCCACACUCCUCAGGAUGCCGCAUGGCUUGCUUCAAUCAAGCAUGCAAAACACUCAAUCUUCAUACAAACACCCAAUUUGAAUGCGGAGCCACUGCUAGAGCCAAUGAUUGAAGCCAUUCGUCGUGGUGUGAUUAUCACAGCCUAUCUAUGUCUGGGCUAUAAUGACGCUGGCGAGUUACUGCCAUUUCAGAAUGGAACAAACGAAAUGAUAGCGAACAGGCUGUACAAUGCGCUUAAGUCCAACGAAGAAAAGGCUCGGCUCCGGAUACAUUACUACGUUGGCAAAGACCAAACUCGACCAAUCCACAACUCAUUCAAGAUGCGAAGCUGUCAUAUCAAGUUGAUAAUUGUUGAUGAGCAAAUUGCGAUCCAGGGUAAGACUAAAUAUUUCUUUGAAUACUUAGCCAGUCACACUAAAAAUUUGUCUAUAGGCAAUGGAAAUCUUGAUACCCAGUCCUUUUUCCACAGUCAAGAAAUCAACGUCCUGCUGGACUCACAGCUGAUCUGUAAGCAAUGGCUCAGCGCAAUCGAUAGAAACCAGAACACAGGAAGAUAUGGUGCUGCGAGUAGCAAGGAUGGCUGUUGGCAUGAUCCGGAAACCAAUGAAAUACCUUCAGGGUCUAUUGGUACAGACCCAGGACGGCUGAGCUGGGCAAAGGGUGUUGUUGGUGCUGUUAAGCGGGUACGGGGCGUGGGAGGCUUUUAA